AUGAGUUGCCACAAAUUUUUUGACGUUGACGGAGGCUGCGAGGAAUCGCAACACACCUGUGUCGUGACGCAGGUAGAAGACGCCAGACACCGGCGUAUGGAUGGGUCGGAGGACACCCCCCCUCUUCCUUUAAGGUUGAGAGGCGGGACCGAAGACAACAGGGAGGGACGAGACGAGGGAGGGAACUCCUCCUCGGACACGGAGGGCACUAUAAGGGGGCCCAAGAGCGAACAAGGCUCCGAUGGUGACGAGAGGAUGUCCGACAAGACGGAGAAGAUGUCCGACAAGACGGACGGCUCGGCCAUCGUGAUUUGCUCGCAAUCGGACUCCGAUCAGGGGGAGAAAGCUUCCUCCUCUGUAAGGAGGACAGUGAAGAAAAGGCCGGCGAUCGUCCAGACCUCCUCCGAGGACGAGGACACGGACUCACCGAGUUCACACCCCCCGAGAAGGAAGAAACCAGGUCGCCCAGCCAAGUCGAAAGACCAAGUUGGGCAACACACCGCCCAAAAACUGCGGGAGAGGAAACAGCUCUAUAAGAAAGAGCGAAACUUGGACCUGGUCCUCUCAAUAGCGGAUGGAACCGAGGUUGUUGACCGCACGACAAGAAGGUUCCGCAUCCAUGAGAAGAAGAUGAAGGAAUGCGCGAAGGAGUUUGUGACUGCACCUGUUCAGGAUGUCCUGAACACCCUUGAGGAACAGGUGCACGCCAUAAUAAAUGCGGCAAGCAAGGGAAGUGGAUUGCAGGGCAGUUUACAGGAGAUUCUGUAUACUGCUGCCUCCACUUUAGGAGCGGGAGCCAAGGCGCUGGCGUCCCGCACAGAAAAGGGGCAUUACGACCCCCAGGCGGUGGUUCCCCCCACUGGGGUCUCAAAGAAGAAAGGAGGAAAGAAGGGGAAAAAGGAGGAGCCGAAGCAGCGGUCCGCCGCCUCGCGACAGCCCACUGCCGGCCCUCCUCCUCCCCCUACGGAGGAGAAGAAGGACCCGAGCAAGAAGCCGGGUCCUCCGACUCCCCCUGGAGGGGUUGAAAACACCACUGCUGCCAGCUCCACCGUCGCACCUCGACAGAGGGAACUAUGGACCACAGUGGUAAAGAAGGGGAAGAAAAAGCCCCCUUCCAAGGAAGUAGGGAGCAAACCAGUUGAAGAGUGCCCGUCGCAGAGCCAUAUCCCAAUGGCAAGAGGCCAUGGCGGAUUCUGCGACGGGCAGAUGGACCACCCACGCCAUCCAGCCCUGUCUACCGGAAUGGGUAGACAGGCGAGGACGAGGACUUGA